AUGGUGUGCAAUACUACUUGCCAAUCGGCCGAUCGGUUUUGGGCCGUCCUCUAUCCGAACACAUAUCGCAUAAAUGCAAAACGCUAUAUCACUAUUUGCUUCCUGAUCACUGCAUUCUACUCCGGUGUGGCUUCUAUUGCACGCUUUUUCGGCGUAAGACAUAUAGAUGGAAAAUGUGACGUAAACGAGGACUCAUUAACCAAUCAGGUAGCAAGCUUUGUGGACAGCGGUUUUCGUUAUGUAAUACCCAUGACGGUGAUCGUGUCGAUAAACAUUCUGGUAUUCCGUGAACUGCAUCGGAUGGGGUUGUUCAAAUUUGAAACCAGAAGAAAACGCACUCCUUCUAGCGACACAGUGGUCAGCAUGAUGAAUCAGGAAGAUCAGGCUGCACAAUCCGUGAUUAAAUCGCAAAGGAAAAUAUUUCUCAAUGUGACCCUUUUGACAGUCGAAAUGACUGCUAUUGAAGUGGUAACGAUCAUUCUUAGCGUGUUAGAUGCUUACGAUAUGCUGGAUUUUGGUGUGGAUUCUACAUGUCGCAUGUGCUUUAUAUUUGUUACUGCCCUACUAUCCGGUUGCAAUCCGUUUGUGGAAAUUUCAACAAUGACAAUAUUGAGAAAUUCAUUUCGAACUCAGUGGCUCAAAUACCUUUCGAAAUUCCGUCAAAUUCAUCUCAUCCGUAAUGUGCUUGAUCAUACGAAACCUACAGUUGAACGGUGA